AUGGUUUUUUGCAGCGCUUUUUUCGUUUAUUCCGUUAAUUUUUCUUCUUUUUUUACCUUUUCUUUCUCCUUUCUUUCUUUCUUUCUCCUUUCUCUCUUUCUUUCUCCUUUCUUUCUUUCUUUUUUCUCCUUUCUUUCUUUCACCUUUUUUCUUUCUUUCUCUCUCUCUCCUUUCUUUCUUUCUUUCUUUCUUUCUCCUUUCUUUCUUUCUUUCUUUCUUUCUUUCUUUCUUUCUUUGUCUUUUCUUUCUUUCUUUCCUUUUUCUUUCUUUCUUUCUUUCUCUUUUCUUUCUUUCUUGUUCUCCUUUCUUUCUUUCUUUCUCUUUUCUUUCUUUCUUUUUCUCCUUUCUUUCUUUCUUUUUUCUCUUUUCUUUCUUUCUUUCCUUUUUCUCCUUUCUUUCUUUCUUUCUUUCACCUUUAUUCUUUCUUUCUUUCUUUUUCUUUCUUUUUUCUUUCUUUCUUUCUCUUUUCUUUCUUUCUUUCUUUCUUUCCUUCUCAUUUCUUUCUUUCUUUCCUUUUUCUUAUUUUUCUUUCUUUCUCUUUUCUUUCUUUCUUUCUUUCUUUCUUUCUCUUUCCUUUAUUUAUUUAUUUCUUUUUUCUCCUUUCUUUCUUUCUUUCUUUCUUUCUUUCUUUCUUUUUUCUCCUUUCUUUCUUUUUUCUUUUUUCUUUCUUUCUUUCUCCGUUCUUUCUUUCUUUCUUUUUCUCCUUUCUUUCUUUCUCCUUUCUUUCUUUCUUUCUUUCUUUUUCUCCUUUCUUUCUUUCUUUCUUUCUUUCUUAAAAUGCAUUAUUGGUCUUUCUUUCCCUUUUCAUUUUCUUCUGUAUUUCUUCUUCAUUAUCAUUACUUGCCGCCGAAACAUUAUUUCAUUCCUUUAGUUUCUCCUUCAAUAUGUUCAUCUCUUUCUUCUACAAAUAUUUCUCCUCAUUUUUUUCAUUCCUACUAUUUUAAUAUUUCCUUCCUUUCUUUCUUUAUUUUCAAAUAUUUCCCUCUCUCAUUCUUUCUUUAUUUCUUUCUUUCCUUCCUUCUUGCUUUCUUUCCAAAUAUUUCCGCUACAGCUUGCUUUUUUCUUUCAUUCUUUCGAUAUUUCUUUCAUUCUUUUUUCCUUAUUUGUUCUACAUUACUCUUUCUUUCUUUUUUUCUUUCAUUUUUUCAUUUGAAUUAUAUUACAUUAUUCUUCCCUUCUUUCUUUUUUCUACUCAUUCACUGUCAUUUUUUCUGUCUUUCUUUCUUAUCGAAAAUGUUUAAUCUAUUUUUUUCUUUUACAAAUAUUUCUCGUCAGACAUUUUUCCUUCCAUUUGAAUAUUUUCUAUUAUUUCUUCUUUCUUUCUUUCUUCUUUCUUUCUUUCUUUCUUUCUUUCUUUCUUUCUUUCGUUCUUUCUUUAUAACUUUCGCCCUUCUUUCUUUCUUUCUUUCUUUCUUUCUUUCUUUCUUUCUUUCUUUCUUUCUUUCCGACUAUUUCCCCCCAUCUUACUUUUUGCGUUUCACUUUCUUUCUCCCUUCCCUCCUUAGUCUUUCUUUCAUUCUUUCUUUCUUUCUUUCUUUCUUUCUACCUUUCUUUCUUUCUUUUGAAUUAUCUUCCAUUAUUAUUUCCAUCUUUCUUUCCUUUCUCCAUUAA